AUGGCUGCCUUCAACUCCAUGCCGGCGAUGCCUGCUGCCUCUGCAGUGCCCAGCGAUGCGAUGGGAUUAAACCACGGGCCGCCUCAGUCCAUGAACAUUGACUCGUUUGAUCCCGAGCUCAACUUUCACGAGUCUCUACUCGAUGGCAGUGCGCUACCACCUCUCCCUUUUACGCCCUCUUAUGAAUUCGAAAACUUUGUCACGACUUUUGAAGAUCCAUUUUCUUACUCGUCUCGCCCGUUCGAGCCCAUCACCAACCAGGAUGUCGCGAUUGACGAGUCAUCUCCCCAGGAGCUGGACAACAAGCUCUUGGGAUUCUCUGAUCCGAUUAUGCACGCGAGCAUAGUGGAUGAAGCGGGGGCUUUUGCCGACCUGGACAUGACGGCCGAGCUUUACGGCAUGUUCUUUGUCGCCGAAGAUGUGUUUGGCGGGGAGAAUUCGGGUCGUCCUUUGGAGUUGACGUGUUAUCGUCGCAACCUGUGGCAGUGCUCUGGACAGAUUACUUUGCCGAGGACCCUGAGCAAUGUCAUGGACGAACAAGGCCAGCAUAUCGCCAUCACAGAACUGUCUGCAUCUAUUACAGGCAUAGAAUCGAUUGAAGGAAAACCCGCCGAAAUCAUCUCGAUCCCAUGGAAAGGCGCAAACCCUCAACUGGAGGAUACCAAAGUCGCGGGGCCUCCCCCUAGCAUGACCCUAGAUCUAAGCAUUGGCCGAGAAAUUGACGCCAACAGAGUCUCUCUGCCUAUAUCUUGGAAGAGAUUGCAGUUUAAACAUGCCACGGCUAACAACGGCCGGCGAAAGGGGCUGCAACAGCAUUACCUAGUGCAGAUCAACCUGCUGGGCAAGACCAAGACGGGAGACUUUAUCAAGAUUGCCGAGAUACAAUCUGGCCCAGUCAUUGUUCGUGGGCGAAGCCCGCGCAAUUUCGAUAGUAGAAAGGACGUACACCUCACCAGCGACAAGAAGGUGGAGCGAAGAAACACAAGCAGCACUGAUAAUCCUACACCAAAGAUGGAGCGGGACAAUCUUAUGGCUUCCUUGCCCAAAUACUCAUCAUCAAAUGGAAGCGAAUGGGCAACUCCGCAAGCUGUGCCUCAACCCAACCAGAGCCCGCACCCAGCGAAGCGGAUGGCUCUGUCUCCUACAGUAUCCCUCCCUCCAGUUCCGGCCUGGACGAUAGAAAACCCCACGGGGAAGAAUCCUCCUCCGGGCCACCGGAGCUCCUUCUCACGGCCGCCCAAUCCCACGGCCCCCAUUACGCUGUCUCUAUCAGAAGACGAAAAGAGUCCCAACCGCUCAAGCGCUGAGCUUCAGAGCCCGCAGCUGUCCAAGGCUUAUCCAGCGAACGGCCAAAAUGCCAGCAACAGCCCAGCUGAAGAAGCAGAUCCGCUCUACGAAUACUUUCCUUUGAGCGUGGAUGAUUGGAUGCCACCAGUAGAUGCUGUUUACAGGCCGCACAUAGUUCAUCACACGAUCGCCCCACCAGAAUUCAAAGCUCAGCAGAUAGGCCGUAAAGUCAAACGCUACUUUACCGCUGAUUAGAGAUCUCGGUGCUUGGCUAUGCAUAGCAUUCUCGAAAAGCGAGUGCUCACCACCUAUGGCGGUUUUUUUCUCAAUUCACUGAGAACAUCUUUUUUAACGAAAUUUCGAAGCCUCCAUCCAACGGAUCGCAGCGUUUCAUUGUAUCAUAUAGUGCGGAUAUCCCCUUCCCGUCUGCGCCGGUAAAGAGCCCGUGCGUAUUCGAGGGAUGUUAUUUGUUUGGAUUUUUUCAGGUCGUGGGGUCUUUUAUUAUUAUUCAACAAUUAUGCGACGACAUGACUGGGACAGCAGGGACUUUUAUACCCAGGGGCUCUUUCUGGUUCUUGUGCCUUUUUAUUCGGUUCUAUUGUUAUUUAUUCGAUUGCGGAGGACGUUGUAGCUUCGAGAUGCGAGGGAGAGCAGGAUGAAUGUAAAAUCAAUCGUUGAAACUUGAUCGAUGCUGGCCUUUGUAGGUAGCGUUCAUAACUAGGUACCUGUAGAAGGAAAUCUAUGCUGCUGUAAAGACGUGAACUCCUUGUAAUAUUCAAAU